CUGCAAGGAGAUCCAACCAGUCCAUCCUAAAGGAGAUCAGUCCUGAGUGUUCAUUGGAAGGACUGAUGUUGAAGCUGAAACUCCAGUACUUUGGCCACCUGAUGCGAAGAGCUGACUCAUUUGAAGAGACCCUGAUGCUGGGAAAGAUUGAGGGCAAGAGGAGAAGGGGACGACAGAGGAUGAGAUGGUUGGAUAGCAUCACCGACUCAAUGGACAUGAGUUUGGGUAAACUCCGGGAGCUGGUGAUGGACAGGGAGGCCUGGCGUGCUGCGGUUCAUGGGGUCGCAAAGAGUUGGACACGACUGAGUGACUGAACUGAGUUAAUGAGGUGGUGUGUGAUGAGCCUAAAGGGGGUGUGCAGAGUGCCCGACACCCAGGAGACUAUUUAGCCCCUAGUGCAAUCCUCAGAGAGAAAUACCCCUGAAGGCAGGCCUGGGGGGACCCAGCGACCCCCUCUCUGGGUGACCCCCUUCUUAGUGUCCACGGAGGGCUCCCAGGAAGGAACAGCGGCCUUUGUCCUCUGGCUACAGGACAUCAGCUUCCUGGUGCAGGGCCGAGUGCCGGGGAAGCCCUCGUGCAGCCCCCAUCUCUCAAAAUCCAGGCUGCCACCGCCCCACAGCCAGGCAUCCACCGUGCACAGGAAGCCGGAAUCUGACCCCUGGCGGCGGGCCUGGUCUCCAUGGCAGCCGUGGAUUUAUUACCGGGGCCUCCACCCGGCUGAGCGGACUUUCGACUUGAAGCCGGGAAGAAGGGGAACAGGAAGGCAGCUCUGGGAGCAGCGAGCCCACGGGUGGCAGCUGGAGGCCCCGCGAUGGCCAAGUUUCUUUCCCAGGACCAAAUUAAUGCUACUGUCGGAAGGUGGUCAACUGUCACAGGAUGGGGUCUCGGGAAGGUAUUGGGCCCAUCCCUUGGGCAGAGGCAAACCCAGACAGAAGAGUACAAGGAGUGCUUCUCCCUAUACGACAAGCAGCAGCGGGGGAAGAUCAAAGCCACGGACCUCCUGACGGUGAUGAGGUGCCUGGGGGCCAGCCCGACGCCUGGGGAGGUGCGGCGGCACCUGCAGACUCAAGGGAUAGACAGAAAUGGAGAGCUGGAUUUCUCUACUUUUCUGACCAUCAUGCAUAUGCAAAUAAAACAAGAGGACCCAAAAAAGGAAAUUCUUUUGGCCAUGUUGAUGGCAGACAAGGAGAAGAAAGGCUACAUCAUGGCAUCUGAACUGCGGUCAAGACUCAUGCAACUGGGGGAGAAGCUCACCCCCAAAGAAGUGGAGGAUCUCUUCAGGGAAGCAGAUAUCGAACCGAAUGGCAAAGUGAAGUAUGACGAGUUCAUCCAGAAGAUCACCAUUCCUGUGCGGGACUACUGAACGAGAAGGCAAGAGAGCCUCCCCUGGGCCUGAACACUCAGACUGAUGGAUGUUUGAAAAGAAAAGUGUUCCUUUCACUUGCAGGAGAUGGCAAACACAGCAAGAUGACAGACCUAAUCACAGUAAGAGGACAACAAGGAAACAAAAUGAUUCCAGCUAUGGGAUUAGCAUGUCUUUAAUAAAAUUUUUUACUGUUUUAACAACUAC